UGAAAUACGUCUCAUUACUCCCAGCCUUCGUCCUCGCUGCGAGGGUUGUCGCUUUCCCAGCCUAUGCCUCAUUGGCUGGCCUCAGCCAGCGAGAAUUGGAUGCAAUAGUUCCUACACUCGAAGCUCGAGAGCCCGCACCACCUCCUGGACCUUUGCCGGACACCUCUGCGAAAUUGGUGAACGACAAGGAUCACCCGUGGAAGCCACUUCGACCAGGCGACAUCCGUGGACCUUGCCCUGGUCUCAAUACUUUGGCGUCUCAUGGGGACCUUCCCAGAAAUGGUGUCGCAACGCCAGCUCAAAUAAUCACUGCGACGAUGGAAGGAUUCAAUUUCAGAUAUGGCCCUGCACUCUUCGCGACAUAUUCUGCGCACCUUGUGGACGGCAAUCUUAUCACGGACUUGUUGAGCAUUGGAAGCAAGACGCGGCUCACUGGGCCUGAUCCCCCACCCCCCGCCACCGUUGGUGGACUCAAUGAACAUGGCACCUUCGAAGGCGACGCUAGCAUGACCAGAGGUGACGCAUUCUUCGGCAACAAUCACGAUUUCAAUGAGACGCUCUUCGAGCAGGUGGUUGACUAUAGUAACCGGUUUGGAGGAGGGAAAUAUAAUCUUACCGUCGCGGGGGAGUUCCGGUUCAAGCGUAUUCAAGACUCGAUUGCGACCAAUCCAGAAUUCUCCCUCGUCAACUUAAGAUACCUUGCCGCCUACGGAGAGACCAUCUUCCCUAUCAACGUUUUCAUAGAUGGACGCAAGAAUGAUGGCCAGUUGGAUCUCGACGUUAUGCGCGGAUUUUUCCAGUUCGGCCGCAUGCCUGACGACUUCUUCCGCGCAGACGGGUCGAGAGACAACAGAGGAGUCGACGUCGUCGUACGGGCUCAUCCUGUCCAGCCCGGAAGAAACGUCGGCAAAGUCAACAGCUUCACCGUCGAUCCCACAUCCGGCGACUUCUCCACCCCCUGCUUGAUGUACGAGAAUUUUGUCAACCAGACGGUCAAGGGACUCUACCCGAAUCCGACAGGACAACUUCGCAAGGCGCUUAACACAAACCUGGAUUUCUUCUUCUUGGGGUUAAACGGCACCUUCAACGGAUGUACCCAGAUAUUCCCAUACGGCCAAGAUUGAU